AUGAGCAAAGUAAGCAAGCCAGAAAAUAAACAAAGAAAAGUUUUUAGGCAUUUAAAAAACGAGCUGUUAGAUAGUGCUGCAAUUGAAUGGUUCCAGCAAGUUAGGGAUAGAGGGGAUCCGGUGUCCGGUCCACUUAUUAGGGAAAAAGCCCUGAUUUUAAAUGGAAAACUGAAUGGACCUUCAAAUUUUAAAGCAAGUAUUGGUUGGCUCGCAAAAUUUAAGAGUCGUUACAAUAUUCGAUCAGUGGAAAUGAAAGGCGAGAAACUUUCAAACGAUCAGGAAAGUGCCGACGAAUUUUCUAUGCUUUUAAAAGACAAAAUUGUUUCCGAAAAUAUUUUAAUCGACAAUGUGUACAAUGCCGACGAAUCAGGAUUUUAUUGGAGGACAAUAGUGUCUUGCACUCUUUCGCAAAAAACAGAAAAAGAAGUUUCCGGGCGCAAGGAAAGAAAAGAAAGAGUAACAGUGUUAUUUUGUUCAAAUGCUCGCGGAAAUAACCGAAUCCCCUUAUUAGUCAUUGGAAAAUCAAAUGUUCCACACUGCUUGCGAAAUCUAAUACCGAAGGAGAAAAGAAAAGAUAGCUUAAAAACUUUGGAAAUGCUUGGGGUCACCUAUACACAUCAAAACAGCGCGUGGAUGAACCAGAAGAUAUUCAAGCUAUGGUUCCAGGAAAUAUUUAUUCCAAAUGCUUUGAAUUUCCAACGUGAAAAAGGAAUUGGAGGAAAAAUUAUUUUAAUUCUUGACAAUGCACCAUCGCAUCCACCACUCGAGGAAUUAAAUGCAUUGAACGAAAACGUCGAAGUACUUUAUCUGCCUCCCAAUGUGACGGCCUUGAUCCAACCCAUGGAUCAAGGACCGAUAUCACUAGUAAAAAAGUACUAUAAAAAGAACUUGCUGAAAAAUUUAAUAUUCGCAGAUAAGUUAGAAGGCGCUGAUACAUUCCUAAAAAAUUUAAACUAUCAUGACUGUUUCCCAAUUCUAAAUGAAGCAUGGAAUAGUUUAAAAGAAUCGACGUUGCAAAUGGUUUGGAAACGUCUUUUAGGUGACUCUUGUCAACCAGUCACUAGUCAACAACCAUUAGACAACUCUACACAAAAUGUUCAUUCAGCAGAGAUUGUUGAGGUUGAGGAUCUUGCUAAUAUUGCAAUUCCUCAAGAAAUUAGUGACAAUCUGUCUCGCCUUUGCUCACAACCAAAUUUUUUCAUAGAAAAUUCGGAAGAGGUGUUCCGCAGCUGGUUCGAAACUGAAGACGAAGACUGUGGCUGGGAGCCAUUAUCAGAAUCAGACAUCGUCAAAUUUAUUCAAAACAAUCGAGUGGCAGAAGAAGAAGAAAUCGAAGAAACAGUCACAGAAGCUGAAAAUAGUUCAAAUGCAUUUCUCGAGAAGGGUGCAAUAUCACCUUCAGAAGCUUACGAUGGCUUACAGAUUUUUAAAAGUUAUUGUAAGGAAAAAUAA